CUCCACCACGUAGCAGCUUCCUGGCAGCGGCAGCCGCUUGUGUCUACUCUCUCCCUCCUCUCGGACGCACACACGCUCACACACACGCUCGCACACACACACACACACACACACACACGCUCACACACAGUCAGUCAGUCAGCACCAGUAGCCGAUGUAGAACCACGUAGCACUAGCUUUGGAUUUUAACCACCAGCCGAAGCGACAAUGGAUCUCUUUGAAUUCGACUUUUUCAGAGACUGGGAGCUGGAGCAGCCAUGUCAUCUGGAGUCGGAUCGCAGCGCCCUGAAGAGGAGGGAGUGGGAGAGGAGGAACCAGGAGGUCCAACAGGAUGAAGACCUGUUCUCAACCGGAUUCAACCUAUUCGGAGAACCUUACAAAACUAAUAAAGGUGACGCGCUGGCCAGUCGCGUCCAGAACACGCUGGGUUCCUACGAGGAAAUGAAAGACCUGUUAACCAGCCACUCUAACCAGAGCCACUUGGUGGGAAUCCCCAAAGGCAGCAACAACCUGCAGACUCCGACCCCGUCCGCCGCGGAGAGGCCCGCCGCGGAGUGCCAGCUUUUCAACGAGGACCCGAGAGGAGGAGCCGCAGGAGGACGAGGGGCAGAGGGAGGCGGCGACAAGAGGACGGCAAACCCAUCUUCCUCAUCUUCAACUUCUAUGCAGCCGCCCGCCACGGCCGCGUCAGCCACCUGCACCACGGGAAUCCCCCAUCAGAACUCGAAAAAGAGCUCCGUGGACUGGUCUAGGGCCGGCCACGGGCCAGGCGCCCAAGGGGGAAGCGUGGUUCAGGGGAUGGGGCCAAUCACGCCGGCCGCAAGUGGAAGAGGGAAAAUGUCCCUGCUGGAGGAGCAGCAGAUGCAACGGCACGACGAGCUGUUCAUCUCACUCAAAGAUGAACUCGGUCUCAAAGGCGACUCAAGUCCUUCUUCCUCCACUUCGUCCUCCUCUUCCUUAUCUUCCUCAGGGAGAAGGCACUCUUCACUCCCCUCAAAAAACCUUCCUCUUCCAGAUGGUGGCAAUUUCCGAUCGUCCGCCAUGGACGGAGCCCAUUUCAAGUCUUCCAGUAACACGGAAAACUGUGGACAUUUUAAAUCCUCACCAUAUGAAAACGAGGCCGGGUCCCACCUCUCGAUGUCCUCUUCCCCGCUGGCUUCCACGUCGGUUCUGACCACGCCCACCCCUGGUCUAACCACUCCCACGUCUGGGCUGACCACCCCCACCUUCCCACCCGGUAGCCUGUCGGGGAAGCCAUACGCCAUUCAGCAGAAGCCGACGGCGUACGUCCGCCCAAUGGAUGGCCAGGACCAGGUGCCGAGUGACUCGCCCCAGCUUAAGCCCCCCCUGGUGGCCACGGAGGGGUUCAACAACAACAGUCAGGCCUACGGAGGAAAUACUGGGAACGCCAAGAAUAAACUACCCAAACUGAGUCUCAGCCACACAGGGGAGGUCAGCCUUCCAAAUGACUCCAGCUGUGUUGAAGAGAUUUUGCGGGAGAUGACCCAUUCCUGGCCUCCUCCCCUCACAGCCAUACACACGCCUGGGAAGGCCGACCAGACCAAGUUCCCCAUCCCGAACAAGGAGUCACAGCAUGUGACUUCAGGCUACAAUACCCAGAAGCGAUGUACUAUAUCUGGUAACAAGCCUGCUGCGAAACCACCGACCGCACCACAGAAGUCGAUGUUGGAGGAUGACCUGAAGAUCAGCAGCGACGAGGAAGAGGCCGAGCAGCAGGUGUCUGACAAGCCCAAAGCCAGAGGCACAGCCCAAAGUGGAGCAUCGGGGAGCAGCAGUGAAUCAGAGAGCAGCUCCGAGUCGGACACGGACGAAUCAGAGAGCAGCUCCAGUGACAGCGAGUACAAUCGGAGCUCCCGCACGCACACCCCAGAGCCUGAGCCCCCCUCCGCCAACAAGUGGCAGCUGGACAGCUGGUUGAAUAAAGUCCAAGCUCAGACCAAACCCUUGCUUCCCCCUCAGCCGGAACAUGGCUCAGGCACCAUCACCCAGGGCCCGAGGACUUUCUCUCCCAGGAGUGAAGCAGCAGGAGUGGCAGCGGCUGCCAAGACUAAGCCCUGCGUGUCCAGCAGCACCCCCCUUCCAGCUGCCCCACCGCUGGACCACAAGGACGCGAGAGGAGCUCUCUGCCCGGGCAGAGAGAAGGCCAAGGCCAAGCUCAGCCAGAAGGCCUCCGGGGAGGGCCAGAGGUCAAAGAUGAGGAUGUCACCAGGGGUGUUGUCUGGGCCGGAGGUCACGACCCAGAGGAGGAGCACCACGGGGAAGAAGCAGCCCAGACGGACGGAGAGGUCAAACAGCGCGGAGGAUACUCCGAGCCAGACGUGGAGCAGAACCAACCAGCAGAGCCCUGUGGCUAGGGAGAAGGACCUGUUGCCUCCCCCCUCCCUGGAGCUUCAGAACCCCCCGAGGCCACGAAACAAACCCCCCAGUGGGAAAACUGCCCCCAGAAAGGAGCCCCGCUGUGCCACCAACUCAAACAACAGCUCGGUUGCUCCACCAGCAGCGCUGCCACAGAGCGCGGUGCCACUGCCAGCUGCCAGCGUGAACCAGGACAAACGGAAACACAGAGGUCCGAGCACCAAAACCACACCCAAGUCCCGCGAAUUCAUCGAAACGGACUCGUCCUCCUCGUCCUCCGAAUGCCACUCGGAUUCAGAGGAAGCCCUCAAGAUCCCUGCGGUGCCGCCACAGGCGCCGCCUCCUGUCCCCCCGUGCCUCGGGCCUGCAGGGAGCCUGGGGUCUUUCGGAGGAAAGGGACUCCGACUCAAGGAGGCCGGUACCGUGACGACCAACGGUAGCAGCAGCAGCAGCAGUAGCAUCGGCGGCGGUGCUAACGGCGGUAACACCCUGAGCAUUGGCAACAUAACCAGUUCAUUCGGCACUUCUGUGCCUGAUCCCGGAGGGUCGGGAGGUCAGCGCAAAGACCCGGUGUCUGUGUCGCCGCCUCUCAAAGUUGGACUUGAGGUGCCCCGGUCACCCUUGAAGGAAUACCAAGAGCUCCAGGGUUUGUGGGUGAAAAUCGAGCUGGGUUUGCUGAGCAGGGUACCCUGCCCGGGCUCGGGGGAAGGGUCCAGAGCGGGUCUGGCAGAAAAGGACAGGGUCGAGGAGAGGGACGGGGACAGACAUGGGGAGAGGACAGCGGCGGCCGAGAAGGAGAGACAGAAGCAGGCCGAUAGAGAGUGGCCGGGGCUGAGAGAGAGGCCCAAGCUGCCGAAAGUGGAGAAACGGGACGAACACACCGAGCGGCUGGCGCCGGACAGGGAGAGGCAGGCGGACAGAGACAGACUGCCGGAGAGGGAGAAGCCGACGGACAGAGAGGACAGGGAGCGACUGGGACCCGGCGAGAGGGAACGGACGACGGGGAGGGACAGGGAGAAGGGGUGCCCAGGCCCGGUUCUGGACAACCCUCUUGUGCCAGAGCAGAGUAAUCCCCGGCUCGCAGGGAGGACGGAGAGCAAACACCGGAAGCAGGCGGCUGGAACCACGGCGCCGCCAUCGGAGAAACACACCAACAAGAGCAAGAGGAAACACAAGUCAGACCACAGUGAGUUGUCGGUCAACGGCAAUAAGAAGCUGCGAUUGGACAAAGACUUCCAGCUGCUCCCGCCCUCCAUCUCUCCCAUACUCGAUCACAAGAACAGCCUGACAGACUCGCUAAUCAGGAAGCAGUCUCGGCGGCGUGAAGACAAGCUGCUGCCGCCCCUCCUGUCGCCGCUCUCCGACGAUCCACCUCAUAAACGGACCUACGACAGCAGUUCCUCUCUCGGCCUGGAGGGCGUCCCCUCGGGGACCUUGCUCUGCUCCACCUCCUCCUGCACUUCCACUUCCUCUUCCUCUUCCUCGCACAAACACAGGAGAGGGGAAGGCAAGGCGUCGUCACACUCGAGGAACGCCAGUGAAGUCAACACCCACGGUGAGAAGCCCAGCGGAGACGGUUACCAUGCCAACGGACAGCCGGUCUCCGAGGUGUGGCCGGAACCACUGAUGGACCCUGGAGAACCUCGCAGGCCCCGACUGACAUUUAGCAACACAGUCCACUGUGCUGACUACUACAUGCAGGAGGCCAAGAGACUGAAGCACAAGGCAGACGCUUUGAUGGAUAAAUUUGGUAAAGCGGUGAACUACGCAGACGGCGCCCUCUCCUUCAUAGAGUGUGGGAAUGCUAUGGAGCGAGAUCCACUGGAGGCCAAGUCCCCGUACACCAUGUACUCUGAGACCGUGGAGCUCAUCAGGUACGCCAUGAGGUUGAAGAACUUCACCAGCCAUUCAGCCACCGUCGCUGAGAAGAAGCUAGCUGUGCUGUGUAACCGCUGUCUGUCUCUGCUGUAUCUGAGGAUGUUCCAUUUGAAGAAAGACCAUGCUGUCAAGUACUCCCGAUCGCUCAUGGAGUACUUCAAGAAUUCAGCCAAGAGUUCCCACCAAGAACCCUCUCCCUGGAGGAUCAAUGGGAAGGUCAACGGGACCCCGUCGCCCCUCUCGCUCAGCCCCUCCCCAGCCGGCAGUGGAGGGGCGGGCGGAGGCUCCGGAGGGCCCCCGGGCUCGUCAGGAAGCGUGGCCAUUCCUCAGCGGAUUCACCACAUGGCUGCCAGUCACGUCAACAUCACCAACAACAUCCUGCGUAGCUACGAGCACUGGGAGACGGCCGACAGGCUGGCCACCGGCAGCCAAGAGUUCUUCCUGGAGCUGGACUCGGUGAUGGAGCCGCUGGGUCAGCAGAGCAGCAUGACGGAGCUGGUGAGAUACAUCAGGCAGGGACUGCACUGGCUCCGCUUAGAGGCUCACCUGCUGUAGAGACUGGACCCCGGCCAAUAUGCAGGGGGAAAAAAAACAGAAAUAGAGAGAAAGACAUUUGCCUGGGAGCUAGAACUGGGAUAACAAGUGAGAUGAGACUCAUAACAAUGCCUCGGUUCCCACUGGGAUCCUUCAAAUGACCCCACGCCACCCGCUGUAACGUAACGGCAUAGACUGGAUGGAUAAAUUAGGAUGGAAUUCACCUACAAUUAGGUCUAAAGAGUAAUCUACUUUGGGAAUGUCCACUGUGAAUUACACAACACCAAGUAGCACAUUCAAUAUUUGGCUGAUACUGCUUUCGGAACAACUUCGGUGCAGCAUCUUCAAUCCCUCCAGGGACAGCAAAUGUUGCCCUGAAUAGAAAUAAGGAAAGGUAUUUUUACAAAGACGGGAUAAUUUUCAAAAAGGAAUGUGAGCGGCUGACGGGAUUAAGGAGCCUGAAGGCAGGAGCUCAGCGAAGGCUCAUCUGCUGCCGCGGCGGCCUCCAAAUGUGUCUGUGAUUGGGACGAGAGCGAAAGCCUCGGGCGGGUAUCGAUCCACGUGGAGUCCUAUCCGUGAGAUGAGCAGCACGCUAGUAGAGGAAAGAGGCUCCGCUUUGACCAGGAGAGCUGAAUUGAUGGAGGCUGAAGUUGGUCUUCUGCUUCACCUACCUCUGGGGCGUGUACCUCCAGUAAUUUAAAAACAGUAACCAGUCACAAGCCUUUUUUAUAGCUUCUAUCAUGGCUUGAAUUUACUACGAUGUAGCCAGUUAAUAAUAACAAAAAAAGUAUAGAGAAAUAUGAUUACUCAAACUGUUAUGUAAAUCGCUUAAAACUGUGUCAUAGAUUUAAAAUUAAAUGAUUAGCUCCCUCAUCUUAAUAGAGAACUUAAUAAUGAAUUUGACAUUAAUGUCAGCUUUUCAUUCUGAGGAUUUCAAGUAAAUCUGAGCCUUUGGCUCGUCUCACCACGUCCUGCUGCCAUCGAGCAGCUCACAUCUGGAUCGGUAGUCUGUCUAAGUACUUAAGAUGCACAGCCUCUCAGUGCAAUCUCACCAAAGUAACCCCAACAUUAAGCUAGCGAGGCCAAGGAUUACAACAUCUGGUUUACAAGUUUACAGCUCACCGGUCCUACAAAUGGAGCCUGGCUCCAUCAGAAAAGGCACUUGUCUGCUUCUUCUCUCACUGGUUAUGGGCUUUUUGUGAAACUCCUCACAGUUCUAUUUCCCACAGUAACCCACCCACUGAGGUGUCAAACCGCUACAACGGGAAGAAACUACAAGACUCACUGCGAUGUGGCUCCUGAUUGGGGUAAACAGGGUGAAGAUCUCACCUGCGCUGUUCUGCCCUGAUAUCAGAAGAAGUCGGUACAAUUUUGUGCAUCUCUUAAUGAGGUCAGAUCACCUGCCGGGUGUCUUGUAGUCGCUUCCCAAACAUGUGUUGUGUCGUGUCGUUAGUAUGCAUUAGUGUAAAGCUGAUUGUCAUGUCUAGCAAUCAUUACCUGACCGAACAAUACAGAUGUUUGUGUUCCAUAUUGUACAGACUUUGACUCCUGGAAACAGUGUUUUGUGAAUGAUUUCAUGUUAAUGAAUGAGGAAGUGAAACAAGAAUAUAUAUAUACACACAUAUGUAUGUAUGUAUGUAUGUACAUGCGUGUUUGUGUGUGUGUGUGUGUAUGUGCGUGCGUGUCUAAGAGAGACUGAUACAGUCUGUGAGUGUGUGAGGCCAUGGCUGCAUUUACACAGUGUCAAACAUAAUCAUAUUUUUAACCCUUUGUGGCACUUUAAAAAACAAAAAGGAUUGGCUGCUUGUCUUCUCCUAUUUUCUCCUAUAGUGCCAUAAAGUUUUAAAAUCUGGAUUUGUGUCUAUGGUCUCUACGAAUCCAGCACAUCAAGCAUGAGUUUGUUUUAAGUUUUGGAUCCUUUGACCAUCGCUGAAUGUGUAUGGAAGACAAUGUGGAUGUGAAAAGUAAUUUUCACUUUUACAAAAAAAAACUGAAACUCAAGUGCCUCUAUUUGUGUCCGUGGGAAUUGCUCUAUUUAUUUAAGAACAAAGAAUUAAUCUAAAUGAUUUUUCCAUACCAUAUUGGUAUAAAUAUGAGAUUGUUUUUCGUAAAAUCAAAAUGUUUCCACGUGCUUUUUACUGGCGUUAAUGAUAUGACACCAGGGUUUGGCUUUAAGAAUAAUGUGUUAUUUAAAGUGUCAAAUUUGCAUUUGUUGCUGAGGGAUUUGUUUCUGGAUGAUUUGAACCACUAUGGGUUUGUCUAAAAUGCCUGAAAAACCACCGCAUGCAAUAAAUGAUAGCUUCAGACCCAGAACUAAUCGUGUCCACUUUGAAAAAGGAGAAAAGUGUAUAUCAAUGUAUUUCUUGUUGCAUAGUUAUUUACAGUGUGAAUGUUCUACAUCACCUGAAAAUGCAGAGCUGCUUUAAAUGCACAAUGCUAAAGAUAAUACGCUAAGGAUGGAGGUAGCAACGAACAUCAAGGACAACAUGUCACUCAACGGGGAGAGUUUGACAUUUUAAGGGAGUACUCUUCUCGCACUCUUGUGUCUGUUCGCUAAUUAUGAGGCUAAUGCCGGCUGGUUAGCUUAGCUUAGCUUAGCUUAGCUUAAAGCCGGAAGGUGCAACACUGAACAUGGCGAUAGCAACACGGGGGAAAGAACGAACACUGACCCGAACACCCGGUUUGUGUUGGCUGAAGAUGUAGUUAGCAAGGACACAUCAUUAAUAUUGAUACGUCUUUGUUGUAUUUAUUAUCGUUAUUGUCAUCUAAUGACUUCCCCUCUGUCCAAACUGUCCCUACGGGCUGAGUCGCUAACGCUAGCUGAAGCAUCAGACAAGGACAGCCAGUAGCUCAAAAGCAAUGCAUAACAAUGUGUUGUGUUAAUUAAUGGGCAUUUGAAUUGCUAGUUUCAUUACUUUUGCACAAAGCCCAGCUACCAGUUUCCCAUGUCCAGUCUUUGCGAUAAGCUAAGCUUGCUGACUCUGUGUUCAUAUUUAACACACAAACGUGAGUGUAGCGAGGGAGCAAAUGUCUUCCCAAAAAUGUAAAACUACUCCUUUAAAACGAACUCCAUGUUCUUAAUCUGAAAGCCUGCAAGUGUUUAGUGAUGAGCAUAUUUGGAUAACAGUACAAACUGUUUUAUCCAAAAGUCCUUCAGCUUCAACGUUGAUUUUGUAUUAUUUUAGGUCAUGAAACCAAAUUAGCAGCGUUCCAAUGAGCCUACGAACUUGUCCAACAGCUAACAACCCCCCCCAGACCGUCUCUGUUGGACCUCAGUCAGUCCAAGUCAAUGGAUGAUCCACAGUGUUAAUCAGUCCAAUUCAAUGAUGUUUGAUGUUGUUUUGUUUAAUGGUGAAAACAGUGAUGUUACUGUACGGUUAUUGUUCAUUUUGCACUAUGGUCUUUCUUUUCAGUAACAUGCAGCGGUACAAUAUACUUAUUAAAUAAUAUGCUAUAAAAUGUCAUGAACAUUGCAUUGGUGAUAUUAUGGGAAACCCAAUUUUCAUCCCACUACGCUCCACGUCACAUGGUGGCUGUGGUCAGUACAGGAACAACAGUUCUGUUGACUAUAUGCAAUGUGAGUAUGUCGGUAUAUUCUGAGACAUUGUGGGGACCCACUGCCUCAGCAUGGCCUUUUAUUCUGCUGACAUCUUAUUAAAUAUCUCAUUAGCACAUGUAACAUUAUCACAGUUGUCAUCUUGUUUAUCAAAAGCAGCAGUGACGGAAACAUCACUGUUGGUGUGAUUACAAUUGGGGGCUAAACAGACUCAUUUCUCUUUUGACACCAGAUGGUUACAAGCCGAUAAUACGCUGAUAAUCUCUCCAGUGGUGAUGAGUGUCUCAAUAUUUGUUUGCGUUUCAGAAAAUCACAGAUACCCUCUGAUUGCUUAAGAAAUUGCCAAAACUGCCUCAUACAGUAAAUCAACUCGCAGUAUUUAUAAGGAUGAUUAUCUUCUCAAAUUCCUGUAAUCUACCAGAGAGCUGCUGUUUUCUUAUUCCUUUUUUUUUCUUUUCAAUUGACUGUCCACCGUUAUUCGGUUUCAAAAUGGUCACGCGUGUAUUUGGAAAGAGAUUAUUCUCUAUUCACACAAACAAAUAAUUGCAUAAUAUUUGUUAGGGAUGGAGACAUUAACAAAAUGUUAAUGUAAUCAAUUCUAGAAAGUAACUGCUAACAUGUUACUUAAUUUUUUCUUUAGUCAUAAACAUCAUUGGUCUCUUGGCGAAUGAGUUUUACAACCAGAUUACUAUACCUGUAUGUAUUUAUUUAUUAAGCAGUUCAAUACAUAAACAGAAAUAGUUAGACGAGAUAAUAGAUGCAGCUCUAAUUCCGUAUCAACCAAGGAACUGGAGGCGGUUAAACUAGCUUAGCAUGAAUACUGGAAACAGGAAAACAGUUCACUUAAACCUCAAGUAAAAAAGAAAAACUACCUGUGCUCUGUCAUCUGAACUCCACAUUUCAUCCAGAAUAAUCUCUUUAUGUGCAAAAUGUAGCUGUUCUGAAACAACUCACUUCUCCCCCCAUCAGGGGUUGUUGGGUUCUGAUUUUUACGAAACAAAUCCAGCCUUAAUCAUAAACGUCUAUUUAUUAAGUCCACCAGAAGACGGUAUUCUUGGGUAUGACCCGCUUUACUUAUUUCGAGUAUACAAUAUGAUUCAAAUUCAUGUGGCAUUUAUUGAUGCUAAAAUGCUACAUGGCAAGUGUUGGGCAUCCCAAUAUAGUUAAAUCAGCGUAUUUGAAGUCGGGUCAUUGGUGUUUUUUGACGGACAGCAACGCGGUGCCUCCGACAGCCUGGACAUUCUGUGGUUCUGAUGUGCAUCACAGACUAAACGCAACGCUGAAAACAUUUUUCAAAAUUACACAAGAACACAACUGUCCAACAUGGAUUGCAUUGUAUUUUUAAAUGUGUUGCACAACUUCGGCUAUUUUUCUGUUUCUAUCAGUGCUAUCUUUUGGCCUUUUAUAUGGUUCUUAUUUUUUUUUUAUAAAAAAAAAUUGUUCUAUGUGAUGAUCAGAAGUUGUGAUGCAGUUCCAUUGUUUUUAAAUAUUUAAUGUCUCUAAAAUAUGGAUUAAAAUCUGUUG